AUGGAUAAGGAGUCAUUGAAUGUCUGGGAGUAUUUUCUGGCAAGGUGUACUAAUUUAAGUGACUCGACUUUUAAUCUCGAAAUGUGCGAGUCUGACUGGGAGUGGUUCAAACAACUGUGCGACUUGGAGGAUAAAGAUUUUUCUUCAGAUGUUGAUGUCUUAUCUUUGGAAAUAAGGCUUAUUUUGAGGUUGUGUUUUUACUUUUUUCGGUUGUCCCGUAACAAUUUUUUAAGUAACAAGUUGGAUGCUGGUGAUUUCGUUUUAAAUUUGCGUAAAACAGAUGGUUUUCCAGAAGCUGGUCCUGAGGUAACGAGUAGUUUGGGUAUUGCAUUUAAGUACUUUUGGCAUGAUGGUCCCACUCUCAACUCGUUGUGCCAGAAUUUCACUGAACAUUGUUCAAAAUUGAAUCUGGCUGUACAGUCGUGUUCAGAUGUCAAGUAUCCAUUUACAUUUGUCAGUUGGAAACUUGAUAAUGAUCCGAAUUGUGUAAUGAUCACUUUACUGUUCGAAGACUCAGGAAAAAGUGUGGAAUAUUUUGUGCUAGUUGAUUGGUUAGAGCCAAAUUCUUUCCCACGUUCCAUUAGUUCAUCUUCUCCAGAGCAUCUUCGAAGUUUACGACUCAAUAAAUGGGAUCCGUCUUUUUUAUUUGCUGAUAAUUUGAAAGUGGUAUUUUGUUGUUCAACGUUCUGA